UCUCACCUGUCAGGUUGAUACUCCGGUAACGAUACAGAGCCAUGGAGUCUCCGGUGAAGGAUUCCCCCGUCAGACCGGGGUUUCACAGAUUGGAGGUCCAAAAAACGACGUGGGACAUCCCGGAGAGAUACACGACGCUGCGAUCGAUCGGCUCCGGAGCUUACGGGACAGUUUGCUCCGCCAUUGACCAGAAGACCAAGGACAAGGUGGCCAUCAAGAAGCUGUAUCGGCCUUUCCAGUCCCUCAUCCAUGCCAAACGGGCCUACAGGGAGCUCAGGCUGCUCCGCCACAUACAGCAUGAAAACGUGAUCUGCCUCCUCGACGUCUUCACACCUGACUCCACACUGGAGAAAUUCCAAACCUUUUAUAUGGUGAUGCCAUUUGUGGCCCAGGAUCUUGGCCACAUUAUGAAGAGGAAGCGCUUAACUGAUCGCAUCAUCACAUACCUUUUCUACCAGCUUUUAAGAGGACUCCAGUAUAUUCAUUCUGCAGGGAUCAUUCAUCGGGAUCUGAAGCCUGGUAACCUUGCUGUGAAUGAAAACUGUGAAUUAAAGAUCCUGGAUUUUGGUUUGGCAAGACAGACAGAGAGUGAAAUGACUGGUUAUGUUGUGACCCGCUGGUACAGAGCACCAGAGGUCAUAUUCAACUGGAUGCACUACAGUCAGACAGUGGAUGUCUGGUCAGCCGCCUGUAUCCUGGCAGAGAUGAUUACUGGCAAGGUGCUUUUCCCAGGACAUGACAGUAUUGAUCAGCUGAAAAAGAUCCUCCACCUGACAGGAACACCAGACUCUUCCCUGGUUCAGAAGAUGCAGAGCAAAGAUGCGCAGUCAUAUGUGCAAGGUCUCCCUCUGCAAAAAAAGAAAAACUUCAAGGAAGUGUUUCCAUCCAUGGAUGAAAAUGCUGUAGACCUAUUGGAGGGGAUGCUGCUGCUGGAUCCAGAGACCAGGCUGACGGCUAAGCAGGGAUUGUCCCAUCCCUUCCUGGCUGAAUAUCAUGACCCAGAGUGUGAGCCGGACUCUGAGACGUACGACGACUCCUUCGAGAGCCUGGAGCUCGCUGUCGGCGAGUGGAAGAGUCUUAUCCACAUGGAGAUCAUGACCUUCGACCCCGACAACCCCAGUAAGACAGCCAUGUAGGACGCUGUGAUGUGCUGGCGCCUCCAAGUGUUUGGUUUUCAUACCCACACAUGUUACAAAGGUAAACACCACCUUCAAACUCAGAAACAAAUAAUAAUAAAAGAAGUUCAAAUGCAUUUUACGUAAGGGAAGCUUUACUUGUUACAGUGGCCUGUAGUGGACAGAGAGAAAACAGAGAGUGUGAGAGUUGAAGUUUAAGUUGAAGUGAAUGUGGAGGGGCAGUUGGAUUGUACCUCAGACUUCAUCAGAAACACUGAACCACUUCAUUAUAAAAUGUUGUCUUGUCAUUUCAAUAAGGAAAAUUACAGUGGCAAAAUAAUCUUAACUGAAGAUCCACUUUCUACCACUGAGACUUUUGACUACAUCUCAUGGUUUUCAUCAGCAGAACACUUCACUGCUCUGUGAAAUGUCACAUGUUCGUGAUAGACUUUAAGUUAAGGUUGAAGGCUAUUAAAAAAAUGUAUGUGUAUGUAUGUGUAUGUGUGUACUUGUAUAUACAAGUAUAUAGUAAAAAGAUAACCUUGGUUUAUGAUAAAAAUACUUUUUUACGUUUUACCUUUCAUCUCACACGUACAGUUGCGUUUGUUUCAUAAUGUGUAAAGGACAUUUAGUGCAAUGGCACUUUAGGACUCAUUUGUAAA